AAUCACUGCCAUCAAAUGCCCCUCAUACGCGCUAUUCGCUAUGUCGACAACAGCCCUUUCAACAUAGUAGUACAUAGCCCUACAGCAACAACAACAAGCGCGCGACAAAUAUGGCCGAUUGAGGAAAGACACGAUGAAUUUCUCGCAACUAGGAAGUACCUUGCUAGCGCCGCGUACGACGAAAGGGCUUCAGAACUCCUGCAUGUCCAUGGGAAGGUCACCAUCCCGUCCUUGCUGUCUCAUGAAGUCGGAUUGCCAGCUGGGUCAGCGAGUACGCUGAGUCAUGACGUCACCGCUGCGGUGGCUAUGACAAUCACGUGCAGUGACGGGACGGACCAAAUCACCAGCAGUUACAAUGUGGACAUUUUUGACGCGGUUCCCGUUCUGACCAAUUUUGCCGGUACUUCCGGUCCGCUUGGAGACCUAUCGCCAGUGGGCACUUCUGUUCAACAGUUCACCAUAACCGACCAGGAUGACGCCAUUUCCUGUUCCAUCAACGCUCAGGAGGUCGCAAAGUUUGGCAUAACCAAGGUGGACACCGCUACCGGAGCUCAGCGGUUCGACGUCAUGACGAUUGCCACGCUUGAUUACGACUCUGCUACGAGUUACACGAUCACCGUCACGUGUACUGACGCUAUCAACCCUGUGACGUCAUCAAGGACCAUCAACUUAGCAGAUGACAAACCCGUUUUCUCCGGACUUCCGGCUACGUUGUCGCCGGCACGUAACGACGGCUUUCAGACGGCGAUGUUACUUUGCACGUUCAGCGUCACGGACGCCAACGACCAGAUUAUUAUCACGUGCUUGAUACAGGUUAGUAACUUCGAGCUGUUUCGGGAAUUCCCGGCGCCGAUGGACAGCUUCUUCAACCUGGUUCCCGUCAAGGCGCCGACAUUUGCGAUCUGGGUCAAAGCCAGCGUGACGUUGGACUCAGCGUCAUCACUCUCCUCGUUAACGUCCAGUGCGUUGACGACAGAUCGCCCGCGAAUACCAUUACCGAAACGUUCACUGUUCCCUUACUUGACGAGGAAUUUAAAGCUGGUUCGGUGGCUGUGCGACGCCAUUGGGGAAGUUCACAACUACAGACCUGGAUACGACAUGUUCUGUGACGUCACCUGUGACAACAGUCUAUGAGAUCAGAAAAAUUGCGUCACCGACCGAUCCCUAAAAACCGGAGUUCGAAGUGUGGAUCAGAAACGCCGUUACCCAGGCGUCUAUCGACUUCAAUGACUAGGCUGUUCCGCUGCCGCUAACAAUCAAGUGCACAGACGGAAACGUUGUCAAUGACAUCACGGGGACGUUUAACGUCAUCAUCGUGGACUCGCCACCGGUUUUCACUGCACUGCCUGCUACCGGAUCUAACAUUUUCGACGGUCUCAAACACGCCACCGAAACCCUUCACACAUUCAGCGUCACCGAUAGCGACAACACCGUUACGUGCUCUGCAAGAGCGCCGGAAAACGCCCUUUUUGAAGUGGUCGCCGGCGUGGCACCAAGUAAUAAACUGGAAAAAUCAAUACCAAUUUAAUCCUCGUUCUGGGAAAACUGGGCUUAAUGCAUGUGCUUUAAAAGUGGUCUCUGAGCGGACCCAGGCUAAAAGGAUUUACAGUUAACAUAAGGAUGGGGGUUACGCUAAGAGCAGAGAACGGACCUUACGUCAUCAACGUCGACUGCUCAGAUGGCGACAAUGACGUCACUGCGACGUUCACACAACCAGUGAUGGAUACGCCGCCGACCGUUGUAUCCGGGAUCCCCUGAAGUUCCCCAACGUAUCUGACGCCACUGUCACGCAGACGUUACUCGGGAAGUUUACAACUACAGACCCAGAUACGGCGCGCUCUGUGACGUCACCAUCCACCACCGUGUAUGAGAUCAGAAAUGUGACGUCACCGGUGAAUGUUUCUCAGCCAGGAAAUCCUCCAGUAAGGAUAAGAAGUUUAUUGCGGCUGAUGUUGACACAUAUCUCUAUGAGGUUAGGGGAAACAUUGGUGAACGCUGCCUGCCCGACAACACGAAAAUGUUGGCUCUGUACAAGGUCAACCCCAACGCUGAGUGGGUCUUGAAACACAAACAACGCAUGAAAGCCGAUUAACCGCGUCUUAAAAUUGUUCGACAGAGACUGAAAUUUUGCUAGCAGAGAGAAUGGGCAAAACCUCGUAUUUAGCGGUUCUGACAAAAGCCCUCCAUCCCAUUUCUGUGUAUAGCUCUCAUUUCCAUUUAGAGCUCCAAUAACUAUUUUGAGCUCCCAUUUCUAUUUAGAGCUCACUUGUGUUUUUAGAGCCCUAAUGUCUGUUUAGAGCUCCAAUUUAUAUGUAUUGCUCCCAUUACUAUUUAAAGCUUCUUUGUUAUUGUAUGUUUUCUGCAAAGUAUUAUACAUGUAUUAUAAUUACUGAUGCUGGCCCUUUUUGACCCAUAUCCGACAGUGUUGUCUCAUUACAUUUAAUGUUAUGUGCAUCACAAAUGUUGCGCUAAGUUAUUUCUUGUGUUUGUAUACUAGAUGACUAUUAGGAAUAUGUACUAUAAUAGUAAAUAUGGCUAUACACAUGUUAUUAAAUACGUCUGAAGAUGAAA